AUGGACUGGAGAUAUGGAGUCCUAUCCGAACUAGAUGAAAGACAAAAUAAGGCUCAGAUAACGUUCUUAGAGACUUCUUUCAGAAACGCUCCGCCUAAGAGCAUUGCCAUGCACCCUGUUGCAGCGGAUCAGACUGAGGAGAGGAAGAAAACCCCUCGACUUGAUGGCACAGAAGUUGUUCUUAUGGAGAACUUAUCAGCAUUGGGCUUACAAAGACACUUAAAUAAUUCUCCUCAUGGUGACCCCCUCUUAUCGCCUAAAGGUCGAAAACAGUGUUUAGAAGCCGGCGCUGAUUUGAUGUUCUUGUUGGAGAAGUUUUCGGGAAUGGAAAGCCAAUCGGCCGGCGUUCGUCCCUUUUGCACCGAUGUCCUUCUUGUCUUUCCCUUAAAGCGCACUCUGCAAAAAGCGAGCCAAAGUGUAUUUCAGGUUGGUUCUAAACUGGCAUGUUCUUUAAGUCAGGAUGAGGCAAAACCUAAAACGCGUGUGAAUUGGAUAGUGGACACGCUGAUCCGGGAGAAGCUAACUAAUCUGACGGAUACAGGAACAGAAGCUACUACGCUACUUUCGCACCUUUCAGAGCUUCACCGCGAUAUUACUAUCUUCCCGUUAGUUUUCGAUAUCCAAGCUAUACCACAGGGCAAAAAGUGCUGGAUGCCUCAUAAUGCGAAUACACUGAACAGCUCUUAA